ACCUACUUCAUCUUACCAACAGUCUCCUCCAUUAACCAUACGAUGUCGCUUCUGCUUUCAUCGUCCCCCAUCCACACAACACGGCAUCCGCCCGACCCCGAGCCGCCUAUGCCCUUCACCAGGCCCCCCGACACCUCCGAUCUCACCCUCCCCCAAAGAAUGUUGAGUGCCAGUUCAGGCUCCAUUUUGACAGCUUUUGUGCUAACCCCAUUCGACGUGAUUCGUAUCAGAAUGCAGCAGCAGGAGAUCAUGCCCGAGUCCAAGCCAUGCUGCUCAUCGCACUACCAGGCGGCUCCGGCCGCCACGGCCACCAGAAACACAUUGGUGGCCAAUACUUCGGUACUCGCCCCAACUGAGUCGCAUCUCUUCUGGCUAGACAAGGACUACUGCAAAAACGUCAAAAAUUGUACGAGAAUCGACUCGACGUACCAGGGGUUUGUCACCAUUAGCAGAAAUGAGGGGCUUCCAACCCUCUGGCGUGGGAUCUCGUUGACGUUGCUUAUGGCCAUUCCUGCCAACGUAAUUUAUUUCACCGGAUACGAGUAUAUUCGAGAUAACUCACCCAUCAGUGGGCUGAUAAACUCGUUGUUGUGUGGGGCAUCUGCACGGCUCAUGGCCGCCACCGCGGUGGCGCCGUUGGAGUUGGUGAAGACCAGAUUGCAGUCGAUUCCGUCGUCUCGAGCCAAUCCCCGGAUGCUUCUGAACGUGCUUGCGGGAGCCUUGGCCGACGUGCGCACCUAUGGCGUACGCUCCUUGUUCAAGGGCCUCCAGAUCACCUUAUGGCGCGAUGUACCAUUCUCGGGAAUCUACUGGUCGUUGUACGAGAUGUGCAAAAAGGAGUUUGGCCUGAUGUUUGACGCCAACUUCGACAUGGGCACCCACGCCGAGAACGACUCGCGCGUGUUUGCUACCAGCUUCUUAUCCGGGUCGGUGGCUGGGUCGGUGGCAGCGGUGUGUACUCAUCCAUUCGACGUGGGCAAAACCCGGUUGCAAAUCAGUCAGGAUAACUCCAAAGACACCAAGCGCUCGACGAUGUUCAAGUAUUUGUUUAACAUAUACAAGAACGAAGGCCCACGCGCGUUGUUUGGAGGACUAGGGCCACGGGUGAUCAAAGUGGCUCCGGCUUGUGCCAUAAUGAUCUCGUCCUACGAAAUCACCAAGAUCUUUUUUAAGAACUGAGUUGGUAAUGUUGCCAAACUCAAACCUCACAGCAUGUAUAUACUAGGCAAAACUUACAUAUAGAUAUUUAAUUCCAGCUCUCGUUACCGUGGAA